AUGGAUCUAAAAUGGUUAAUACUCGUGGCGUUCCUAAUGCUUCAAUUUGGAGGAAGCCAACCCAUUGACUACUGCAAGUUGCCCUACUGCGGAACAAAUAACCUAGCUUGCGACAAUCCUUCUAAAUUCAGUGAGAUAUGUCCUCCGAAUGCCAGAACUCUUGCCAUGUCGCCGUAUCGAACUGUACUAUUACAUUACUUCAACGACUUUCGAAAUAUUACGGCAAGUGGCGGGCACAAAUAUCUGGAAGCCGCGGCAUCCCGAAUGUCCCGACUGAGUUACUCCACCGAGUUGGAGAACUUAGCCCGUUUGGCUGUCAUUACAUGCUCUCCCCACAAGUUUUGCCUUAGUUCGCCGGAGUUUUACUAUGUGGGCACUAACCUUUAUGGCACCUACUACUUGGGAAACUUGAAUGACAUGGAAGAUCUAGAACUGAUGCUAAGGUCUAUCCGGGACUGGACAAGCUAUGCGGAUUAUGUCAAUAUGAAAAUGGCUCUUCACAUGCCGAUUACUUUGGAAAAUAGUGGAAUUGCUAAGGCUUUACUCCUAAUGACAGAUCGUAAUACCCACGUGGGUUGCUCAGCGAUGCGUUUCACAUUGAACUCGGCACACUGUUUCAUGUUCGUGUGCGCAUUCAGUACAGAUCUUUUUGUGGAGAGACCCAUUUACCGGAUGUCUAGUCGACCAGGAACCGCCUGUGAAAAGCUAGAUCCAACUUAUUCAGCCCUUUGUGCCGAAGGAGAGAAUUACGCCAACAAUAGGGAGGUACCAAAUGCAGUGGUCUUCCAACUUCCCCUCGACAUCUCCGUUGGCCGACAGCCGUACAUUCCCGCCAUGCAGACGGAGCUUUAAGGUGCUGAUGGCCAGACAAAAAGGACACGCCCCUGGAUGCCCAAACAAAAUCAGCGCACAAAAACAAAUAGUUAACACCCAGACGCGAAGGAAGAGAAGUGGCGGCAGAAAGCAGACAUUUCAGGACAACCUCGAUAAUCACAGGACACAUUUGCAUAUAAACACGCUUCCGGGCUGAUGUCCUUCGCAUGCAAAUGAAAACAUUAGCGAGGCACACGCGCAUCCGCAUUCGCGUUCGCAUCCGAAUCCGCAUCUGCGAGAUGCAGAUACAGAUACAGUUACAGAUACAAAUGACAUUCGUCGCUGUUGCUGCUGGUGCCGCUGUCGCCUCUUCCCUGCUUAAAUAUAUAUUUCAAUUAAAAUUUUACACACGAAUAAAUGCAAAGCCACGCCCAGCA